UAUCAUUGUUCUCAUCUAUGAGGUUAUUGGCUAGAUAAAUAGUAUGUGUUGGGAAGGAGGAUGUGUUUGACUGCGUGUCAUGGCAUAGCUUUUUAGACCAUACGUAGAUCGUUAACUACUACGGUGUUAGCUACAAGAACAGACGUUGGCUAAAAGUUGUGCAUUUAGCCUCCUCCUGCCUGGAUGUUAGAGCUGUGAUGGUGGUGUGUCCCCUGCCUUCAUUGUGACUCGUGUCCACCACCUUCCUUUCCCUGCCCAGUGUGUGUGCCACCAUUUCACCAUGACCCUGCAUCUUCUUCUCGUCCUGUCCCCUGUCCUUGGGCUCCUGGUGCUACCUUGUCUGUCAUCCCAUGUGGCCAGCCAGUUCAGCAUUGUGGCCAGCCAGACAAUGACAGAGCAAACCCAUUGCUCUGAAGCAUGCUCACUCAAUAUGACAUGUGAUCAUGCUGUCUUUUGGAAAGAGAAGUCCACCUGCUUUUUCUUGACAUGUCCAAAUUGCACCAACUAUAGCAGUAUCUCCGUCGCUGACCUGAUAAGGGAACAAGAAACAGACAUCAGUGUUUUUAAGAGCGACGCUAUAAAUGUCACUCAGUCUUCAAGUUCCGUAACUCCGUCAGAAAGCCAACAUAAGAACCCUACUGCGCAUAAAUUGACAGUCGGCAAUAAUGCCAAUCAAACUACACAAACCUCUGCCCUCAAUGAGGCCGGCUCUACCUCACAGCACAGCGAUGCUGGUCAGGCUCCAACUGCUGGAGACUCUCCUGAUGUCUUAACUGCAUCCACCAUGAAUGCAGCACCUUUGCCAGCUCUCAAGAAUGACACAGCAACUACACUAUCUGAGACAUCCCACAAGUCAAAGGUCCAAAGUCCAGUAAUAACCACAGCCACUUCAGUAAAGCUGGAAUCUAUUACUGUUAUGACUCCACCAGCCAUCACACAGAUAAUGACAAUAACGGAAUCAGAAACCACAGCAACCACCACUAUGACUACUACCACCACAACAGCAAUGCCAUCUACUACCAAUACCACCACAACACAACCAACUACCACCAAAACAAAAAUACCAACAACUGCCACCACAAUAAAAAUGACAGCAUUACCAUCAACUACCACUCCAAAAACAACCACCACCGCAGACACGCCUACAGAUGAGGAGAAGAAGCCGUCACCAACCAUUCCGGAGGCCCCCAACUCUCAAGCUACCUCCGGAAAUGCCAUGGUUCCUUCAACCGCCACUGCUGAGGUCAGCACAAAAAGGCUGGACGAAGACCCCAACAGAGCCAUUAUAGAUGUUGUUGCCGGCGAGAUUCUGACUCGCCAGUUGGUGGACACAAGCGCUCUAUUGGCUGUUCUCUUGUUUGGCCUCCUCUUCUUCCUAGUUACAGUUAUUCUCUUCCUCACACAGGCCUAUAAGAGUUACAGGAGGAAAGACUACAACCAGGUGGACUAUCUCAUCAAUGGAAUGUAUUCUGAUUCAGGCGUUUAAAAGUGAUAGUUGAGUGUUUACAUUUCAACAUGGUUCGGUUAUUUCUAUUUUUACAUUUUAUUUAUCGGAAAUGGUUAAUAACAUACAUGAGUUAAGAGAUUGUUAAUGUUGCAGCAGCCUUUGCCCUAGUAUUGUGUAACAUUUCUGUCUUAAAGGUACUCCAGCAUAUAAGUUGCCCCUGCUGUUGUAUCACCACAUUGGUUUGUUAGUCCUAUAUUUCUAUGUCUUACAUUUCUAUGCAGAUUAGUAUUCCACCUCAAACCAAUAGGAUUAUGGCCAUAGACUGUUAAGUGUUCCGUAAAAAAAAAAAUGGUGAAUAUCAUUCCGAGUUCUGUGGAAAAGGUUUAUUGAUGUAGCUUUAUUUACAUCUCUGGUGUUUCAUUUAUUGUACAUUUUUCACUUAUGUAUCCAUUGCUUUGUGUACGUUUUUUGUAUAUUUUUUUUCAUGCUAUUUUCCUUUGUUCAUGACUUGCAUGUUUCCUUUGUUUACCAUUCCUGUCCUUGGAUUAAGAUUGAAGGCCAAAAUGAUCACUGUAGCACUGAAGCACAUUAACGUUAAAGCCAAGGGAAUUGUCUAGCCAUUUCUGAACUCCAUUCCAUGACGAAGAAGGAACGGUUAUAUGAUAACCAAGAGAGACUUUCCAAUGUGGAGGAACUUCUGUCAAGGUUGGAAACGGGUCUGAAGGCCUGUUAUGUGCCAAUUUAAAUCUUACUAAUGUGCUAUGAGAUGUUAUUUCCAGUAAAGAAAACAAUUAAGAAUGA